AUGUUAAGGAAGUACAGAUUACUUGCAGCAUAUAAUAGUCUCACCGAUAAACACCUGGCUGGAUAUUUUAACAAUACAAGGAUAAGGCGGCAUCUCUUAAGAUCAGGGCUGAUCACAAGAAGUGGAAGAAUACUUUCUGAAAAAGAAUACAAACUAAAUAUCAUGAAGAGGGAUCACCAAAAAUAUAUCCGGGAGUGCUUAGCCCAGGCUAUUUUCCAUAAGGUUCUCGAUAUGGAGCGUUGCCAUCAACUUGAAAUAAAAAAGAAAUUGGAAGCCUUUGCUAGGAAGGAGAGAAUUCAGAGAUUUAAGGGUGAGCCCAUGAGAUGGUCUGGAGAAAAUAACAUGCCAGUCCUGUCUCCUCACCCCCCAGUGGGCCCAAAGACUAAUCGUGGCCAUAGUGUUCUGGUUGAUGAAGGACAUUCCAGUCCAACGACACUGACAGCCCCUCGACCAUAUACUGCCCCAGGAAAUAUGCAGCCUCCAAUUCGAUUACAGCCUCUUCCCAGUAAUCCUGCAGUAGGAACUGUUCCAAAGAUAACUUCGGGAUCCAGAUCAAAAACCUCAUUGCUGGAAAAGGAAGCUUCGUUUCCUAUUGGGGGCAAGAAGGCAGUGAUGAAGUUCAGGAGCUCUGUGGACAAUUCCCAGGGAAUCAAUCGAUAUCAACUUCUGAACCUUGACUGUUACAUGAUGCCUAUUCCUCCUCCACCUCCUCCCCACAAUGGAAAAAGUGCCCGGGAAAACAGACCUGAAACAUGGAGGAAAAGAAGAAGAUUUCGUCCAACCACUGCUCCAAAUGGCUUAGAACCUCUCUUUACUAGGGAUUCAAGAAGGAUUCAUAAAACACCACUGCAUAGUAAUGCAGUUAUUACGAUGAUCUAUUUGGGGAAAAAUCUGCACCUAUCUUAUGAUCACCCAGACUUCCGGGAUGAAAUAAAAGUUUAUCAACAGCACUGUGGUGGGGAAAACCUUUGUGUCUACAAAGGCAGACUACUUGAAAAAGAGACCUUUCAGUUUAUUUCCAAAAGGCACCAUGGUUUCCCCUUCAGUCUCACCUUUUUCUUGAAUGGGAUCCAGGUGAACAGGUUAAGCUCCUGCUGUGAAUAUAAGCAUCGAAAAAGUUCCAGACUUGGAGGCAAACGAGGCUACUUUGGGUUUGUGUGCGUGGAGAGAUCAUCUCCUUGCUACAAGUGCAUUAUUGCAAUGGGUCUUGACAAAAAACCAACAUCACCAAAACCUAGGAAACAAAGGAGUAUUCAAAAAAGAGAGGAACUGGAGAAGGGUGAGGGGAAACUGAGGAAGGAUAGAGCAUACAUGAUACCAAGAAGGAAUGAGAUGGAAGGGAACAAAACCUCUGCUUCAGUCAUUUUUUCAGCCGAAGAGGAAAAAAUAGGGAUCGAAGAAGUAAGAACUGCAAUAGAAGAAAUGCAACGUAGAGGAAAACCAGGACAAGCUGUUUGGGAAGAUGACCAUGAAAAUCUAUUUAAAUACGAAUAUGAAGAAGAUUUUGAAGUAGAUGAGGAGAAACAAGAUGAGAAAGCUAAUGAAGGACAGGAUGAUGAUCAAAUGAAUGGAAUGUCAAAGUCACCUUCGGAUGAUGAAAAAGAUCAUUUACACCUUGAAAAGGAGAGUGAAACCUCAUCACAGAAGGCACUAGAUGCUGAUGACAAUGUGAAAGAUGAGGGUGAUGGAUGUUCUGAGAGUGAAUUAGAAGAGGAUAAACAAGAUGUAAACAAUGCUUCAUCAUCCUCAUCCAGAAGUCACCCAUAUUCUAGUUGCAGUGAAGAUGAGUCUGCACUGGGAGAUAGGAAAGCAUAUGCGGAAAACAGUCCAAAUGAAAGUGCCAGAAGUUCACCUUCUCGGGAGUUGAGUGAAAAUGAUGAGCCAGAAAAAUCCUACCUUCCAAUUGAUGAUUCCCUCAAAAUUGAAGUUGAAGACCAAAAAUUAAUAAAAGCAGAUAUGGAGACCAAGCUUCUGCCCACAGAGGAAGGCUUGGAGAAUGUUCUUGAGGAAGAAACAGAGAAAGGAACCCAAAUGAUUGCAGAGGGCUUAUCUGCGAAGUCCAGAGAACAUGUUUUCAAGGAAGAAAAGGAAACUUAUAAGAGUAAGCUUUGGGAAGGAAACACUGCUAACGUGAAGGACAGAAAGGCAGGUCCCUGUAGGGUGGAGAAAGGUGUUGGACAGAUAAUAGCUGAAGCUGUGGAACCUGACCGCCGCAGCCCCUAUGACACUGAGUCUGGUGUUAGCAGCGCAGAUGAGGGAAAAGAGCACUCGAGGAUGCCGGAGAUGGACCCAGGUGCAGCACCAAAUAGGAAUUUAGUGGUGGAGGAAAUGGAAACCCUCAACUCAAUCAAGGAAUCCAAGCCAGUUACAUCAGAAAUGUAUACACGGGAGAAGGAAGAAGCAGUGGAGAAAGAUGAGGUUCCCCAACAUAGGGAUGCUGACGCACCAGAAGAAAAAGGGGAUGCAACACUGUGGGAAAAAGCAGGCGUUAAUGAGGUUCCCCUGGGGGAGUGGAAUCCAACAGCAGAACAACUAGAGUUAGUGGAACAAUUUACAGAGGAGAGAGAGAUCCCUCAGGGCAUAGCAAGUGGGGAAGAGGCAGAAGCAGAAGGGGACACAGGGCUGGAUGAAGAGGGAAAAGAAGCGGUAAGAGCCUCUGGAGGUCGGAAGGAAGACGAGGCUCCCGAAGAGCAGGCUUUGAUGCAGGCGGUGCUGGAGACAGAGAAGGCAGCUUCUGAGGAGGAAUGGAGUUCAGUGCUUGCAAGCAAGGCCCCAGCUCAGAAUUCACAGUGUGUUCAGGAGGCAGCAGCCCUGAAAGAGGCUGUGACGCCGAAGGGAGAGGCUGAGAGAGGGGCAGCUGCGAGUGAAGCAGGGUCAGAAAAGCCAGAUGCAGAGGACGGUGCAGAGGAAGCAUCCACAGAUCUAGAGGACAUGGGACCUGAGGGAGACUCUGCAUCCUCAAGAGAGGAUGGUUCAGAAGAGGCAAUACUUAAGAGAGAGGAACCAGUCGAAGAGAGGAAGGCAGUUACGGGCUCCUCGGCAUCUGAGAAGGCUGAGGCUACCAAGAUGGGGGUUUCAGACAGCCCGGAAGAUGUGGAAAGGGAGCAGGUUACAACUGAGGUAGAAUCUAAUAAGGAAGAUGAUAGGAAAGAAAUAUCACCUGAGGAAUUCUAUGCAGCAAGAGAGAGGACGAAAGCUGAGAGGCCAAAAACACCUCUGGGGGAAACUGAAUCUGAGAGAGAAGAGGUGACAAGGGCAAAUGCACUUCAAGAUGAAGACAUUUUAGAAGAAGGGCAAAAGUUUAAAGGGGGAGAAGGGGAAACUAUGAAGGAAGAAAGACCCGAGGAAGAGACACAAGGCCCCCAAAAUGAAAUGCAAUGUGAUGUUGAGAAUGAAGCACUCAUGGAAGCAUCUGAAUUGAUUGAAGACACAAGGCUGCAAGAAGAUUUACUGAGAGAGAGGGAAGGGACCAUGUCUGAAACAGCACCUGGAUUUGAAAAGUCACUGGAAAACAUAAUAGCUCUGAGGAAUGAGGGAGGAGGGGAAAGAUUGAGAGAAGCUGGAGACAUGGAACACAAAGGCAGAGCAGAGCCAACCUGUGGAGAGAAUGAUGACGUAGCUCCCUCUGAGCAGGAUGAGGGAUUGAGUCCUGAGGGAGAGUGUCCAGUAGGGGUUUCUGAAAGUAACCCAGCAAGCAAGGUGCAGACAGCUGAGGGGAUGACCACAGUGGCAGGCAAGGCCCAGGAGUGUGUAGCCAAAGAUAAAGAUGGCCUUGCAGGACUAGAAAGGAAGGAUAAAGAAGAGUCUUCACAAGGGCAACAAGAAGUGGGGGGCAUAGCAAUGACCCAAGAAGAUGUUCCUGAGGGAUAUUCCAUGAUGGCAGAAAAGUUGAGUGGAAAAGUGAUGAAUAAGGACCCAGAAGAAGAGGAGGAUAAAGGGUGCACUCUGGGUACAGGAGUGAUGAGAAAUGGGAACACAGAAGAGAAUGGGAGUUUGCAAGAAGGAGCAGUGGUGGCUGAGGAAGAUGUGCACCAAGAAGGAGGAGCAGCAGAAAUGGCUGAGGAGAAGAGAAAGGUGUUGGCAGAUUCAGAGACAGCUGAGGGGAAAACAGAAGCAAAUACAGCCUCUAACUUUUCAGAUGUUGCUGGUGAGGAAAUUUGGCACAAAGCAGAUGAGUUACUAAGAAAAACAGCAGCUGCAGAGAAGGUGGUGGUAGAGGAAAUAGCGCUGAGUGGGGAGGAGGUGCCAGCAGUGGAGGAGGCGACAGUGACAGGGGCAUCAGGAACCGGGGUGAGGACUCCACUAGAACCUUCAGACCUGGAAGGGAAAGCCCCACAGCUAGGCCAGGAUCAAAAGAGAGGGGAAGAACUUUCAGACCUGGAAGGGAAAGCCCCACAGCUAGGCCAGGAUCAAAAGGAAGGGGAAGAACUUUCAGACCUGGAAGGGAAAGCCCCACAGCUAGGCCAGGAUCAAAAGAGAGGGGAAGCUGACACCACUCAGCAGGCAGAGUUAGUAGGGGAGGAUGUAGGGGUGGGGAGCUGUGUUGGAGGGCAGGAGUCAGACCAGCCUGAAGAAUUCAGACUGGGAUUAUCCCAAGAGAGAGCGUCAGGGCCAAAUAGAGAGAGUCCACAGGACAUGGAAACACUUCCUGUAAAACCUGAUUGCACUGGAACGCAAGAGAAGCAAGAGCAUGCAGCGCAAAUAGAAAGUGAGAACACAGAUGUUUCCGUGAGCGACAUGAAGGGCUAAGAGACUUCAGGGCAGACGAAUAUUUUAAAGAUGUCUUCUGGAAGACUUAAAGAGUGGAGAAAGAUUCACCCGAGCGCCUUGCCAGGACUUUAGAUUUUAUUUAAGAAAAACCUCUGCUUGUCUGAACUGGUUCCCAGUCUGUCAGUGCUGAUCAGUAGCACAGUGAGCACCUUGAGAAUAGCUUACCCAUCUGUAGGACUCUCCUCACAGGCAGUGGGUUCUUCACAGAGGGCUGUGAGGUUGUUACGUGAUCAACAUAGCUAACAUGUCUCUAUUCAAAUCAAAUUGGUAGUUUUCAAAUGUUUGACUUUAAUCAAAGAUCACCUCACUGACCCAGUCCCAACAUCCGGGGUUUGUUUAAAUUCAUUUUUAUUUAUAAUCAAACAUAAUUCUAGUUUCACACAUGAGAGUUUUACUUAAAAUCUAUGGCUUGAGGCUUUAAUGAAUUGGUCUGUGAAAAUGAGCUCUAAAGAUCAUUCCAUGUACACUCAAUACUAAAGAUUGCUUCACACCUGUAAAAUGACCCCAUGGCAUGUAUAUUCACUUAGAAAUAGUCAUUCUUUCUAUUUAUGCUAGAAGAGUAAUUUAAAGUGGAAAUCUUAUUUCAGAGUGCCCUUUGUUUUUUGUGUGUGUUUCUGUAGUUUUGCUUUGUGAGGUAGACUGGUGAGUGCUUGUGACAUUUCAGCCCUGGGGGCCUUAUUUGUGGGGCUGCUCAAAUUUUAAUCAGAGUAGUAAAUAAUUUAGCUGAGUGAAAUGAGUAACAAUAAUUAUAGCAGGUAAACAUUGCACAUCAGCACAUAUAUGAACAUUCUAGACUCUUUUGUUGAUGUCAUUCAAUGGAAAAUAAACUUGGGUUAAAUUAGUGUGCUCCUCACCUUCCCGAGUUCUGUUAUUUCAAACCUGUGAACUAACCUUGGAGUGUAUUGUAAAUCAGCAGUCACAAUUGCUGUCUAAAUUACUCCCCGAUAUUACUAGAAAUAGUUGUGCAUCAUUGUGCCUACUGAGGAUUUUGAUUUCCUCGAAGACAUCUUUGUUCAUGCACCUGUAGUCCAAAGGGCACAUUGUUUUGGCUAUCUUUUCUCCAUGUGAGAAGGUGAAAGAAAAUUUCCUAAAGCAGUGAUUCCCUAGCUAAACUACACAUUAGACUUCCAUGAGACAUUUUCAUGAGUGCAUGAGCGAUUCAACCCCUGGUCUCACCCCAAAGACUCAGAUUUAAUUAGUUUUAGAUGGGUGUAGGUAUCAGGGUUAUUUUGUUG